CCAAGAAGAAAUUAAGAGAGAGAGGGAGGCAGGGAAGGGACCAACAUAUAUAUAUAAAUAUAUAUAUAGAAGUAAUGGAGCAGCUUAAUGAGAAGAGAGGUUGAAUUGAAGAGUUGAGGACUGUAGAGCUUCUUUUUUAGCCCAGAAAGCGAAGGUUCUCUUUUCCAUUAUUAUUACUAGCUCUCUUUGCAAAAUUUUUCUCUCUCAUUUUAUUUCUUUUGUUUUCCCUUCUCUCUUCCUUCACCAUUCUCUGCUACAAAACACAAACCUCACUCGUUUUUUACGUCAUUGGAAAAAGUAUUAAGAAAUUUUAGACAUGGACUUUGAUCUUGAGAACCCAUUCACAAGCUUGGAAGAACAACAAUCUGAUAAAAUUUCCCAUCUCUUUGCCUCUGAGUCUGAUCACAUGCCCUCUAGCAGCUUCAUACAAUGCUUGAAAUUUACUGAUUUUUAUGUCUCCUUUCGUCAAGAAGCUGUGUCUCUCAUUUUGCAGGCACAAUUUUCCUGCAACUUUGAGCCAUCCAUUCUUUACCUUGCUGUCACUUAUUUGGACCGGUUCAUCUUCCGGCAAGAAAUUCCGCAAGGGAAGCCAUGGGUUUUAAGGCUUCUUGUAACCUCCUGCAUUUCUCUAGCUGCAAAGAUGAAAAAUACCCAGUUCUCACCCUCUAAAGUCCAGGGAGAAGAGGGUUUCAUCUUUGAUGUACAGACGAUUCAGAGGAUGGAGCAUCUUAUUCUUGAUGCUUUAAAUUGGAGAAUGAGAUCAAUUACACCUUUCCCAUUUCUAUGUUACUUCAUUUCUUUAUUCAAACUCAAAGAUCCUCCUUUGACGGAGGCUCUAAGAGAUCGAGCCUCAGAUAUCAUCUUUAAUGCACAUAAUGAAAUCAAGUUACUAGAGUUCAAGCCGUCAGUAAUAGCGGCAUCAGCUCUUCUUCUGUCAUCUCAUGAGCUAUUCCCUUUGCAGUUCCCUUCUUUCAAGACUUCAAUUUCAUCUUGUGAAUAUAUAAAUAAAGAGAACCUGUUAGAAUGUUUUGAAACAAUGCAAGAGAUGGUGGCGAUGGAAGUGCAGGAGUCAGUAAUAGAUGCAAUGUCAAGCACAAGAACUCCAGUGAGUGUUCUGGAUUACAAAUUCAGCAAAUCAGCAAGUGAGAAAAUCGACAGCAAUAGAACCACCACUGCAACUUUCAGGCCAGAAAAGAGAGACAUCAAGAGGCGUAAAAAAAGUGGUUUUUCUAGUGAAAGCAAGUUCCAGCUUUCUCGGAUUCAACAAUGUUAGAUUAUAAUGAGAAAAAGAAAUUGGUCUACAGUUCAGCAUAUUUUUACCGACAGAGAAAAGCAAUUGAUGGUCAUGAUUUGAAGCAGCACGGAGAUAUGAAAGGCAUGGAAGGCUCACCAGAGUAAAAUUUUGAAAGCAAAAACAAAAAAAAGGGCUUCAAGUUUCUGUGCUUUUGUUUUGUUUCAAAGUUAAUAUGGUUGUCUCAGUGUCCCCUCCUUGGUGGCAGUGGGGGUAUUCCAAAUGCUUCAAUAUGAUAAUAAUUUUCUUGAAAACGCAAUAAAUGGAGUACACAUUGUCAACGCGUA